AAAAAAGGGAAAAAAGACGAAGAUGACUGACUUCCUUUGACACAAGGGCGGAUCCAUUAAAUGAGGACUAAUCGAGUUUUUCUCACCGACAAGUUUUUCUCACCGACAAGUUUUUCUUCGCAACCCACCAUUAUACCUGGUCCCAACGCGGUCAGCGGUAGCCCCACGACGCCGUCGGUGGGUUCCUCGGUCACAAACAUCAACCAAAUCAAUCCCCACUUCUCCGAUCUCUCUCUCAAACAAAUCCAGAUCGCUUUGGUUGAUUGUAUGAAGAAAUGAAAGACGAGGAAUCUGGAGCGAAGGGGUCCGAUGGGGUGUUUGGGAAAAGGAAGUACAAGCUAUGGGUGAUAGCCGCCAUUCUACUGCUUGCUUUUUGGUCCAUGUUCACCGGCUCCAUUACUCUCACUCUGAAUCGGAUUUCCAGCUCUUCUUCCUCCUUUAACGCCCUUCAAAACGAUUUCGAUGUUCUGGAAGUAGAGGAGAGGGAGAAGUUUGUGAGGCAGAUGUGGGAUGUGUACACCCAGAGCAGGGGUACGAGAUUGCCCAAGUUCUGGCAACAUGCCUUUGAGGCGGCGUACGAAGAUCUGACCGCCGAUUCCGCCGCCGUCCGUGAUGCCGCCGUCUCUGAGAUUGCCAAGAUGUCCUUCCGCUCUGCUCCGGCAUCCGAGUCCCUCUCCGCUGAGAGAGAAACAGAGAAGGAAACAGAUCACGUGAUCAGUAAUGGGAAGGAGAAGACAGUGAGGAAACGUUGAAGUUUUAUGCGGAGGCUAGUAAUUUGGUGAUCAAUGUCGAAAGUUUUAACUUUCUUCCGGCUUUAUUGAUUACUUGUAUCUGCAAAUAUAACGUGCACUUUGCAUUCUGUAGAAUUUUCAUUUGAGUAUCAGAUCGUUUGAGAUCAAUUUAAAAAUGCAAUCUAUCAGGAACUUAUUUUGUUCAUAUCGGAAUCGGUCUUGUCAGCCCUUAAUGAUCACAGAGAUGGGGAGAUGAGUGCCACUGUUGUGUUAGGGACGCUUUGUCCUCCCUUCAAAGUUUUCCACAUUUACAUUUAGUUAUCUGAAUAUUAUCAAAUUGACACUUUUAGAGUUUUAGUCCUUCCAUUACCAAUUUUAC